AUGCCGGGCGCGCCUGCCGACGCCGGCACGCGGCGGCUAAUGUCGGCGACAUUGUGGCCGGGCGCGCGCCUGCCAGCCGCCACGCCGCAGCCCGCUACACGUCAGCCCGGACUCGCCAGCCGGGAUACAUCACCCGCCGACGAUACGUUGCUCCUGUUUGCAGGCGUGGGCGGUCUGCGCGACGUGUCGGUGAACAUCCCGCUGGCGGUGGCUCCCGGGGACACGGUCAAGCUCACCUGCCUGUACGAUCUGGAGGGCGACCCCCUGUACACCGUCAAGUGGUACAAGGGCCGCCAGGAGUUCUUCCGAUACGUGCCAAAGGAGCUGCCGCACACCCGCGUCUUCCCGCUGCCCGGCGUCAACGUCGAUAUCGGGCAGUCGAACGCCCACCAGGUGGUGCUGCGGGACGUGCAGUUGGAGCUGGCGGGCAAGUACCGCUGCGAGGUGUCGGCCGACGCGCCCUCCUUCCACACGCAGGUCGUCGCUAGCCACAUGCACGUCGUCUACCAGCCGGAGGGAGAGCCUCGGAUGUUCGUGGAGAAGCCGCGCUACGCCGUCGGCGACACGCUUCGCGCCAACUGCUCGGCGCCCGCCUCCAGCCCGGCCGUCAACCUCACCUGGUUCCUCAACGACCGCAAGAUAAACGAGACGUUCCUGGAGCGGCACGAGGUGCGGACUUCCGCCGCGGCGGCCCCCGGCUCUGCACCCGGCAGCGGUGGGGGCGGCCUGCAACCCGCGUCCGUGGCGGGUGGCGCCCCCCAGCAGCAGCAGCAGCAGCCGCCGCAGCAGCAGACGCGCUACGUGACGGUGAUCGGCCUGGAGAUGGACGUGGGCAGCGACGCGUUCCGCGGCGGCAAGCUGCGGCUGGCGUGCCGCGGCGCGCUGUUCGGCCUCUACCGCCAGCAGGCGCUGCGCGUCAUCGACGAGGAGCGGCCGCGGCUCGCCUCCGUCCUGGGCACGCGCGAGUCCUCCGCCACGGGUAGGCAGUAG